CAAAAUAGCUAAACCGAGUAAAACUUGUGUCGCUGACAACUGACGAAUAUGUUAGCAGUUUUGAAUGCUUUUCUUGCAUGACUUCGCAUCUUAUAUUCCAAUUAAUAGCAAAAUACCAUACUACCUACAUAUAUCGUAUGUAGCCAUAGCUGUGAAAUGUAAAGGACUUCCAUUCAUGAACUUCUAUAAUCUGCUGUAAGACAUGUGCAGAAUUUCUAUCGCCUAAAACAGACGUCGUUGUUCAUCUCUUUAGGGGAAGAUGCAAUAUCAUUGACAUUCAGGAGACAGACGAGAUUGAUCUUCUAGUCCUGCCUUACAAUUUACAACGAUGGCAACAAAAGAAUGUAUUACCGAUGAUCUUCUCUGUGAGCUAGCUGAAGACAUCGAGACGGGUGAACAGAUGGAGAUCUUAGGACGAACGCUUGGAUUCAAACCUGCAGCCAUCAAUAGAUACGCAGAGACUAACAGACUAGAAGGACGGGUCACGUGCAAGGGAACACGUGACAUGCUGUUUGACUGGAGACAGACUGUGGAGCCAUCCAAUCAACAUCCUAGGCUGAAGCAAGCUCUCAAUGAUGCUAAUCUAAUCAUGCUUGCUGAAACUUAUAUUAAGGAGUCCCAAAGUGCCGAAGAUAUCUACUGCCAGAAUAUCUCGGAAUCCUUAACUGUUCGGCAAUGCAGAGAAAAGUUAGAGAACAGAUACCUUAAUGACUUGUGUAGAAUUCAAAUGAAACCCUGGGAUAAAACUGACUAUGCUGAGUUCAAGAACAUGCACACGACUGUCACUCUGGUGAAAAAGGAUGCGAAUGGUCAAGAUUUGGCGAAGAAAGUGGAGCUUGAGGGGUCUGUUUCCGAAAUAUUUUCAACGAAGGUUAAUGAUGCACUGCCAGUUCGAAUCCUUAUUUCUGCUCCUGCUGGAAGAGGGAAGACCACCGCUGUUGCUAAAAUGGCAUAUGACUGGGUUAAGAAAAAAGGCGGAUCAGCAUUAGAACACCUUCCACUUUUAUUCGUCGUGAAACUCCGUAAGACGAGUCAUCAUACAUCGAUUGGAGAAGCCAUCAUAUCUGAGCUAUUGAGUGACGUCGAUGAUCUGACACCAGAGGGUCUGGAGAGUUUCAUCAGAAGGAAUCAAACAAUGUGCCACAUUAUUCUUGAUGGGCUUGAUGAGUAUGCAGGAAUAUCUUCAUCAAACAAUAUCGUCAGUAUCAUUCGCUGGAAAGAAUUCCCAGAAUGUCGAGUUCUUAUUACCACACGACCUUACCUGGAGAACUACUUCAAUGAAGGCGAACUCCUAAAGGUGUACACCAAAAUGUGGAUUGAAGGCUUCUCAGAGGAAAGCUCACGAAAAUACAUCGACAAAUUCUUUACUCUACGCCCCGAGAAAACACAAAAUUUAAAGAAGUAUCUCAGUGAUCAGCCACUAAUUGGUGAGCUCGUCAAAUCACCUUUAUUCUGUCUCAUGGUUUGUCACUUAUGGAGCGAAGGUAUUUUAGAUACUAAAACUACGACUCAGACCGAACUAUUGGACAGUGUUAACAUUUUCUUGAUGCACCAUGCUAAUAGACGGUCACAAUCUGAAAGAGGAAUUACAGAGGAAGAUCUCAAUUUACUUAUUCAGAAACUGGGUAAGGUUGCCCUAGCUGGUCUUCUAGACGACUCUAAAAAGCUUGUAUUCACGCGACACGAUUUUCGAAGAGUUCCUUAUAUUGUUGAUAGGGCAUGCGAGAUUGGGAUAUUAUCCAAAACGACUAUUACAGCAUCGAAGCUCCCACGGACCCACAAGCCAACUUCAAUUGCCAUCGAGUUUUAUCACAAGCUUGUCCAAGAACAUUCAGCCGGGAAAUACAUUGCUGCUAAAUCAAAAAGACGUAUGUUAACAUGCAGGACCCCUUACUUGGACAGAGUACUGCACAAAAUAACAGAACAUAUAGGGGAAUAUGAAAAUCUCAUCCGAUUUACGGCUGGGACGGAUAACAAUUUGGGUGUGCAAAUAAUGGGGGCGCUCUUGGAAAACGAACAUUUGGACGAAAGUGAGCGAUAUCGCAUUCUCUUAGACUGUUCAUCAGAAACAGCAGGUAAUGAAGGAAAUGUUAAGUCAUUGAUAAGCAAAUGUGUUAACGCCACGGCCAUGCUUCUGAAGUCACCAACUCUAUACACUGUGGUUGGGAUGCAAAACCUUCCAGAUGAGUUGAAAAGACAGGUCAAGAAAGUAAAGUUCAUUGGUUCUACUUUCUCCGGCGAUCUUACAUGCCGAUUAUGGUCCUGCCUCAGAACAUAUACUUCGUUACGCACUCUCAUCAUCUCAGAUUUUUCUCUCAGUUUCCCUUCAUCUCCACCUGAGCUACCAUCUGUCACGAAGCUAUCAGUCGAGAAAGUGACGUCACAAAGCUACGAAGGUCUGGUCUCAUCUCUCCCUGGUUUGAUACAUAUCGAUAUCACUAUCGAUGAUGCAGAUGGAGACAUAGCCCAUAUCGCUACUGGUCUUCGUCGGACAGGAGGUCAGAAGCUCAUAUACAUCGCCCUUCGCGUUCUGUUAUCACUCCCAUCAGAGAAGAGUCAUGUAUCUAGAGAGACAAUGAGAGGACUGGGUCUGCUGAUCAAGGAACAUACCAAGAACCUGAAGCAGCUCUGGCUGGAAAGGGUGAAGUGCACAGACGAGGAUGACUUGGUUUACCUCAUUGAUUGCUGCAGAUAUCUGGAGACGAUGGAGUACGUAGGGAUCUGGCACUGUGGGACGAUGUCGAAUGGCAGGCUGCAUUCUCACCUCAAAGGCCUUGACACUAAAUCAUCCAACGAUUUCCGCGUGUAUCUUCGGAAUAAUGAUGACUCUUUUGAUACUACAAUCUACUCCCUUACCCACAUAGAUUGAGCGAUUAGCGUGAGAUUGAAGCUAUAUUCUACGUGUUCUAUUAGCGUUUAUAUGACACCUAAAUAGAUCCUUGUGAUUUGAAUGGUUGUUUGAUAUCGUUCAUUCAGCCCAUUUUGCAAU